GCCCGGGAGGAUGCGCGGCGUGGGGCUCUGAAGGAUGGAGGGCGUUUUGUACAAGUGGACCAAUUAUCUCACAGGGUGGCAGCCUCGUUGGUUUGUUUUAGAUAAUGGAAUCCUGUCCUACUAUGAUUCACAGGAUGAUGUUUGCAAAGGGAGUAAAGGAAGUAUAAAGAUGGCAGUUUGUGAAAUUAAAGUCCAUUCGGCAGACAACACAAGAAUGGAAUUGAUCAUUCCCGGAGAGCAGCAUUUCUACAUGAAAGCGGUGAAUGCAGCUGAAAGACAGAGGUGGCUGGUUGCUCUGGGGAGCUCCAAAGCCUGCCUGACAGACACAAGGACCAGGAAAGAAAAAGAAAUCAGUGAAACCAGCGAGUCUCUGAAAACCAAAAUGUCUGAACUUCGCCUCUACUGUGACCUCCUAAUGCAACAAGUUCAUACCAUCCAGGAAUUCGUUCACCACGAUGAGGCGCGCCCAUCGCCCAGCGUGGAGAACAUGAAUGAAGCCUCUUCUCUGCUUAGUGCCACAUGUAAUACGUUCAUCACAACCCUUGAGGAGUGUGUGAAGAUCGCGAACGCCAAGUUUAAACCUGAGAUGUUCCAGCUGCCCCAUGCGGAUCCCUUAGUUUCGCCUGUGUCACCUUCUCCUGUUCAAAUGAUGAAGCGUUCCAUCAGCCACCCUGGUACUUGCAGUUCAGAAAGGAGUAGCCAUGCUGUGAAAGAACCAGUGUCUACGCUGUAUCGACUCACCCAGCGACGCCGCAGAACAUACUCGGAUACAGACUCUUGUAACGACAGUUCCCUUGAAGACCCAGGACCUGUUCACUGUUCAAGGAAUACACUUAAUGGAGAUUUGGCAUCAGCAGCCAUUCCUGAAGAACACAAAUUUAUGGCCAAAAAAAAAUCUGACUCGGAAGACGCUCUCCCAUUCUUCUCUUCCUGAGGAAACUAAAGUGUGCGCCUUCCUCCGAGUAUUGCUAUGCAGAAGCUGCUGUGCUCCAACUAUUGUUCUCGGGGUAGCGCUUCCCUUUACUUAGGAGUUCUCUGCACUUUAUAGAUUAUUGAGGGAAAAAAAGUAAAAAAGACAACAACCCACAUACUUUGAAAGUGUAUUUUAUCUUUAUAUAGUUUAUUUGCAAGAGUAUUUUCCUAAUAACUUCACAGUAUGAAUGUGCGUCCUCUUUUUUUGUUUUAAAUAAAUGAUGAUGUAACAUUUUGACAUCCAUAAGGACAAAUGUAGAUAUUUUUCUAAAAAACAAAACAAAACAAAGCAAAAAAACUGCGAGGGACUGCGCUCAGUCUGUGCGUUGUAGCGGAUAACCAUGGACUCCUAGACGGUCUCUGUUGGAGAGAAGAAUGAGCUACGUCACUUGUGCCAUGGGCCAAGUGGUCACUUUAUCCAGCUGAAAACGAGUUAAGACCCAAGCUUGAUGGCGAUUGUAUUGUGUUCCUUUAAGCAAAAAGGAAACACUUACCGUUCUAAAUAUUUUUAGUCCAAAUAUUAUGACACAAUGAGGAUUUUUUUAAAAAACCAGACUGUUGUCCUUCACACGUGAAGUUGACACUACUGAUUUAUCAGGACCAAAUGUUGGAUUACAGUAUUUGAUGUCUAUUUAUUUAUUCUUCUGUCACACCAGGAAAACAAAUUCUACCCUUUGUGACCUACCAAAUUUAAGAUGCUGCACACGUUAUUGUCAGUGUUCUAGAAAAGAAGCUGAAUGUCAAAGUGACCUUGCUCCCUCACACCAGAGAAAUAACCGACUUUCAGCGGACGAGGAUUUUAGUGCUUCUUGUUUUUCUCAAAUGGACCUUAAGCUGCUCUUGUAAAGACUUAAUGUUUGCAGCUCUUACCUGGAGAAAUUUUUUAUUUAUGGCUAUUUAUAUAAAAGAUUAAUUUUGUCAAGAUUCCUUUAGAAAUGGUAUUAUGUAAUUAAAGAAAAAAUGACAAAUUUUGCUUAGUGCCUGCCCAUGCCUGUUGUCAGUGUUUGUUUGCUUUGUAAAUUUAAAAAUUCACUUUUUGGAUGACGGUUUCGCUUAAGGUCUUGGAUGAGAAGCACUUUAAAACAAACUGGUUUGGUGUUUUUAAGUUAAUCAGAUGUUUAAUAAAUGUGGUUUUUUUGCAUUCAAAAUAAUCCUGAAAGACAUUGUACUUCUUAUAUUUGUUGUGUCACUCUAGUUUUUAUCAAAUGCUAAGAGUAUUCUUUAUUGCUUUGAUUUCAUGUAUAUUUGACUUCAUGGUGAAGACACAAAUGAGGCUGGCUUUCUGGUUUUCCAUGAGUUUAGCGUGGUAUUGCCUAUUGCACUUUAAAAGUCUCCUGUAUGUUUAUGUGUGUAUUUUUUCUCCUGCAAGAGUUAAAACUAUUUGGUAUUCACUUUUCUAAAAUCUGUAAUUACAGACUUCUUCAUUUUAAAACAGACAUAAGCAAUCUGUAAACAAUCACUACCUGUGGAUAUGCAGUUAGAUAAACUGUGUGCCACUUAAAAUGUUUGCAGGUAGCACACAGUUAUGAGACUGCUCUAUAUUAAAUAGCGGACUCUCUGCUCCUGUGCUGUUUAAUUCACCUGGGUGGGGUUUGGGAGUCUGAUACUGCAGUAAGUUUCCAUGUUGACCUGUUGAACAGGUUUUCCUCUCUUUUGCAAGAAAGUGCAAGAAUGAUGACCAGGAACAUCAAGGUGCUACUGAUAGGGAGCUUUUCUAGUAGAUAGUGUUUUGUUUUGUUUUGAAUUGAUAGGUUUAUAAUGAAAACACUUUAACUAGUUUUUGAAUGAUCUGAAAAUAAGCUCAUUUCUAUUGCUUUACACAAAUAGAUGAGUUCAUAAAUUGUUUCAUGUAAUUAUUUAAAAAAGUAAAUCCAACUAUUUCUGAUUUAGUUUUUUCUCCUUGAAAUAGGUGCUUCCGAGAGAGAAUUGCUCUAUACCUAAAUACGAUUUUCAUUGUCACUUGAAGACACUGGUUUUCCCUUAGGAACCAGAUCCAUUUGUGAAACUUACUAUUUGAAGGCGCGAAAGACACAUCCCAAUGGGUCUUGACUUAUAGCUGGGCUUUGAAGAGUGACAGGCACCAUGAAGCAGCCUGUCAAGCUUACGGGCAUCUUGCUUUUUGAGGAGCCGUGUGUGUUGAGCGUGCCCGACUUCUCCAAAGUUUAAGAUGAUGAACCAGAUGACAACCCUGCAAGAAUGUUGGGCCACUUAAGGCCUCACUGAAAUUUGGCAGGUUUUUCUAUAAUUUUUUGCUUUGUCUCGACCAUGAAAUUGUUGAGACAUUUGGGGAUUCUCUUGGUGUAUCCACCCACGGUCUUAUAAGCAAAGCCAGUGCCCAUUCACCUUUCAUUUCAAGGGCUGGCCCUGUCUUUUAUUUCAAGGAGAAUUAUAUGGCUAAAGGGAUCUUGAUAAGAAUUAUUUUGUAAAUAGACUAGAUUUUAUAUUUUUACACUGUAUUGGAUUAUGGUGUUAUCUUUAAUGACAAGUUCAGAAAUGGAUGCCAUUGCUUAAACUUAAAAUUCCAAGGCGAAAGAUAAAGUAUCUUCUGUAUCUGUCAUGUGACCUUCCACUGCAGUUUUUUUACUAUGCAUUAUCAUAUUUAGUGUUUAACAGGUCAUCACAUGGCCUCAGGAUAUGUAUCCCUGUAAUUUGUUAACAUUAUAUGGCUCUUUAAUCUGUUACCAAAUACAGUAUGAUAUCUUUAA